AUGUUUAUCAGUCGUUUAAUUGCCACACUAGUUACGAUUUUGGUUUGUGUACAGGCCGCGGUCGACCCUGUCGUCACCCACAAAGUAUACUUCGACAUUGCGCAUGGGGACGAGUCUGUAGGUAGAAUUGUGAUAGGCCUCUUUGGCGAGGUAGCUCCAAAGACGGUACAGAAUUUCUACGAACUUGCCACUUCCGAAGACUCCGCUAUGGGCUACGUCAACUCGACUUUCCACAGAGUUAUUCCAAGCUUUAUGAUCCAAGGUGGCGACUUUACCCACCAUUCUGGUAUCGGUGGGAAAUCUAUUUACGGCGACACUUUUGAGGACGAGUCUUUUGAACUCAAGCACGAUAAACCUGGCCGUUUGUCGAUGGCCAACAGAGGCCGCAACACCAAUGGGUCCCAAUUUUUCAUCACGACUGUUGUGACCCCUUGGCUGGACGGUAAGCAUGUUGUCUUUGGCGAGGUUCUUGAGGGGAUGGAUGUUGUUGCGUACGUGGAAAACGUGCCCACCGGUUCUAUGUCUAAACCCAAGACAACUGUCAAGAUUGUUGGCUGCGGUGAAAUCGAAACCAUUCCUGUCAAUGAAGAGGCGAAAGAGCAGUUGAACUCCGAGGCGGCUCGUGACGAAUUGUAA